AAAAAAUCACCCUACCCAACAAUUAAAAACAUCCCAAAAUUCCAAUAUUAUUAUUAUUAUUAUUUCUCAUCAAAUCAUCAUCAUCGCCUCCAAUUAUACUUUUUAUUUCUAGAUUUUUAACCGAAUUGCGUGAAACAUAAGCUUUGGCGUCUUUUGAUGCUGAAUUUCUUCCGUUUUGAUUUCUGAUUUCCUUCUAGUUAGUUACUGAGUGUAUUUUCCUUCUUGCGGGGUUGCUAAUUUUGUUUGGAGAUGUGUUUAUUCAACGGAGCUGCUGCUUCUAGGAAUCUCAUGUCAACCGCCUACUAAAAUACUUUUUCCAUUUCAGAUCCUCAUCUUAGAAAGAAACAGGGAAACGAACAAAGAGAAAAUUAUUACAAUAGUUUUUUUAUUAAGGGCGAUGGACAGAAAUGCAAUUACGACAGCGAUUUUCUUGUUUUUACUCGUCGCCGAUGUUUCCAAUGCUUCGUUGUUUUGGAAGCUUCGAUACUUAGCCGAUGAAUCUCCAACAAAGAACAACACCACCGCCGCAACGCCGCCCAGUUCUCCGUCGCCAAGUCCUUUAUCGGGCGCCAAGAAAUCGGAUCCUAAACCGGAUAGUACAUCGAAACUGGAUCCCAAUUUGUCGAAUAAAACCGAUUCUGUGACUCCACCUCCAGAUGACAAGAAGAAUCCAAAACCAUUGGAUAAACCGGAGAAGGUGAGUCCACCUCCUCAAAAGGAAAUAGAUAGUGGAAACAAUUCAAGUUCUACUUCAAAUUCACAGAAUGAUAAAACAAUGGAGGAUAGUGAGAAGAAAAAAAAUAUAGAUAGUGGAAAGAAUCGAAAUAGUACGGAGACUGGGAAGGGAGUUGAAACUAAGGAGGAUAAGAAGCAGAAGCAGAAGCAGAAGACAAAUGGGGAUGAAAGUGAUUCUAAGUCAGGGAUUGUGGAAACGUGUGAUGGCAUCGCUAACAGCUGCACGGACGGGAACUCCUUGAGUGCCUGCAUUAAAGAUUUUGAAACUGGGUCCAAAAAAUUGGUUGUUCUGGUCCAAAACAGGGGAGAAAGAACAUUGAUAGUGAAUUUUGCUGGUGCUUCUGAGGAACCCAAGGGACUUAAAGUACCAAAACAUGGAACUGAAAGAAUUAAUAUCUCUUUGACUGUUAGUGAAAGCAGUCGGCUUGUGUUAAGUGCUGGAAAUGGAGAUUGUGUGCUUCCCGUGGAUCUCCUUGUAUCUGAAGGAAACUUUUUCUUAAACCUUCCUUAUUAUGACAAGUUGGUGACUCCAGUAAAUGGCGCGUACUUCUUGAUUGUAACAGUUCUAAUUUUCGGAGGGUCAUGGGCUUGUUGUAUGCUUAGGAAGAGGAGACGGCAUGAUGGUAUACCUUACCAAGAGCUAGAAAUGGGAUUGCCAGAAUCCAUGGCAGCUAUUGAAGUAGAAACAGCUGAAGGUUGGGACCAGGGUUGGGAUGAUGAGUGGGAUGAAGACAAGGCAGUGAAAUCACCAGUGGGACGCCAUGUAGCAAAUAUCUCAGCAAAUGGCCUCACGGCUAGGUCUUCAAACAGAGAUGGCUGGGAAAAUGACUGGGAUGAUUAGGUUUUUUACUGGAAAAGAGGGAGGUGAGAGAGAUAAUCACUUGGAAGUCCAAGGGGAGAAGAAAAGGAAUAGGCAACUUGAUAUAGAAACUGUAAAUUGGUCAACACACUUGCCAUGUUUAACAUCAGCGGUCAUCAUGGUAAUAGGAAGUCCUCAAAAGGGGCCUAUAAAGGGAAAUUACAUAUGUUUUUCUGCUUUUUAUCAUAUUGAGCGAUGGCGCUGUUUGUCUCCGCCACUCUCUGUUUGAGUUUACUUUAUGAAGCUUUCUUGUCUUCUGUUUCUCUUUCAUUUUUCAUUUAUCCUGCACGUAGACUAGACUCUAGAGGAGCAUUCCUUUCAGUUCAGAGAGUUUGUGAUAAAUUCUUUUUAACCCCAGGGCAUGAAAUGUGAUAAACGGGUUACACGAUAACUACUGUUUCAUGUAAUUGUAGGAAAGGAUUGCAUUCUUGAAACCCCAUGAAAUCAAUGUAUUCUAAUUUUAUUCA